AUCAGGGCUUCCCCAGUGGCUCAGCAGUAAAGAACUACUUGCAAAGCAGGAGAGGUACGAGACAUGGGUUCAAUCCCUGAGUCAGGUAGAUCCCCUGGAGGAGGGCACAGCAACUCACUCCAGUACUGUUGCCUGGAGAAUCGAUGGACAGAGGAGCCUGGAAGGCUACAGUCCAUAGGGUUGAAAAGAGUCAGACACUACUGAAGCCACUGAGCAUGCAUAGCCUGUAUCAACAGAUGAAAAUUUAAGGCCUUUACUUCAGAAACUUUCUCAUGAAAGGAAACACAGGCAGCUGAGCUUGGGGGAUGAGGAAUCAUGGCAAAGGGGUAUCGGAAAAGCAAACCGAAAUAACUUGCCUACAAGUUUGAAGAAGUUAGUUGUAGAAAGAAGUUAGUUAUAUACAUAUGUUUCUUUCUUUAAAGAAUUAAAUAGUAUUUUUUAAUAAAACUAAAACUUGAAAAAAGGAAACUUGUCUCAGAAGAGGUUACCGAAUAUUUGAAGUUAGGUGAAUAUAACUAGAAGACAGAUGAUUUUUUGUGUAAGUAUCUCUGACUUAAUAAACCAGCAGGACUCGAUAUGAGUACAACACACCCAGUUGGCAAACAGGAAGACCUAACAUGUUUGUUUAGCUGUGUGUAUAUAUGCUUACUUAUAGAGUUCGAAAACUGGGACCACAUUCACAGAUGUGACUUCACUGCAGAAUUUUUACUCUGGAAAAAAAACAGUUCACGUGCUCAAUAUCUAGAAGUAGUGUUCAGCGUGUGCAGGGAAAUGGGGCAGAAACCAUCACAACAGCUGGCUCCAAAGGACAAAGAGGUUCUCAGCGUCUGCGAGGUGGUCAGUGGAGCAAUCAUCCACGCAGCUCAGAAACUGAAGGCCUAUCUUGGAUUUGAAGACACACUGAGCAAUCUGUGCCCAGAUCCAAACACUCUCAAUGAGAUCUUCUUAAUCCACUUUGUCACUUUCUGCCAAGAGAAAGGAGCUGACAAGUGGCUCACCACCACCAAGAUGACCAAGCACCAAGCCUUCCUGUUUGGGGCAGAUUGGGUUUGGACCUUCUGGGGAUCCGAUAAGCAAAUACAGCUUCAGCUGGCUGUGCAGACACUGCAGAUGGCUUCUCUUCCUCCUGUGGAAUCUGACCCCUCCAACCAAGAUUCCAAGGCAGAGCAGUCUUUCAGCAAGAAAAGUAGGUUUGACAAGCUGGAAGAAUUCUGUAACCUGAUAGGAGAGGACUGUCUUGGCCUGUGUAUCAUCUUUGGUGUGCCAGGAAACCCUAAAGACAUCCGAGGAGUUGUCCUGGACAGUGUCAAGAGAGAGACGAUGAAGGGUCAUCUGCCAGGAGGGACAGCUGUGGCACGAUUCAUCCUGGAAACGGAAGAUUGUAUCUCCGUCAGGGAGCUGCUUGGAAACUGUCUGAGUAAGAAAGAGGGGCUGAGAGAGGUGGGCAAGGUUUAUAUUAGCAUCCUCUGAACUGGCCGUGUGGGAUGAGACUGACCUGUAAGAUAAAAAGAAAACAAAAAUAUGUUCUUCUAAUAAGUUUAUCCUCUCAUGGGAUUUUUUUCUCCCCUCGUUCCACCCCACAUUGAAUGAAAACCAUCUCCUGGGUCAAAACCUCCUAGUGUGAUUAUGGACAGAAAAAAAGCCUACCUGUAUUUCAGGGAAAAUGGAAAUUUUUAGCUUAAUCUUUUGUUUAUUAUUCAACAAUAAAAGUGGGAGGAAAGGAUAAUAGAGUCACCCUUAAAGUUCAACUUGAAAACAAAUUGUGUUUGAUAAGAGUAAGUCUAGCAUUUAAAGGUGUAAAAUGGGUUUUGACUGCUAUGGGUGGGAGUUGGGGAGGGCAAGGGGGUGCAUAAGACUACAGAACAGUUUUAGUUGUAUUUAUUAAUACAAAACCAGUUUCAUUUCAGGACACAAAAAAAACUGAGCCUGGUUCUCUUCCUCUCUACCCAGGCUCUCACCUCAUCCCAAGCUGCCUGCUCUCUGCAGAGAGGACCUUGGUGGGAUCCCUCGGGGACUGUUCGAGUGUUAGCUUUACCUAUAAUUUUUACCCAUAUCACAAUCCAUUAUGAUAAUGAUUAACAUCUAUUUAGCAUUUGCAGUGGAAAAUCCCAUGGACGGAGGAGCCUGGAAGGCUGUAGUCCAUGGGGUCACUGAGGGUCAGACACGACUGAGUGACUUCACUUUCACUUUUCACUUUCAUGCAUUGGAGAAGGAAAU